GAAAAGAAACUGUUAUAAACAAUAAACCUCGCAAACCUGCUACAGGUAAUAAUUUAUACUUCAAUAUCCUCUUUUUGGGUUUUUCUAAUCGCAACCUCCUUAUAUGCUCUGAUAAGGGUAUGGUGUAUAGGUCAUCUUUCAUUCCUCUUUAGACCCUGAUCAUAACUUAACUAUUAUAAGCGAGAUAUACAUUGUGGUAUGAUAAUGAUGACCUGGCUUGUUUCAGAACUGGAUUUGAUGAAGGAAAGGUUUACGAAGCUAUUGUUGGGUGAAGACAUGUCAGGUGGUGGCAAAGGUGUUUCUUCAGCUUUAGCUUUGUCAAAUGCCAUUACCAAUCUAGCAGCUUCUGUAUUUGGAGAAACAAAGAAAUUGGAGCCAAUGCCGGAAGAUAAGAAAGCAAAGUGGAGAAGGGAAGUGGAUUGGCUCUUGUCAGUCACUGACCACAUCGUUGAACUUGUCCCUUCACAACAGCGAGCCGCCGACGGUUCAAUCAUGGAGAUAAUGGUAACGAAACAACGAAGCGAUCUCCUAGUCAACAUCCCAGCUUUACGAAAACUCGAUGCUAUGCUUCUUGACUGUUUAGAUAACUUUCAAGGGAAGACAGAAUUCAAGUAUGUGGAAUCCAAAGAUGCAAACGAGGCAGACAAAGCCGCCAGCCGAGACAGUGAUAAGUGGUGGAUACCCACAGUCAAGAUUCCACCUGGGGGCCUAUCAGAUCGGACGAGAAAAUGGAUACAACAACAAAAAGAUGCUGUCAACCAGGUACUGAAAGCAGCCAUGGCUAUCAAUGCACAAGUGCUCUCAGAAAUGGCGAUCCCAGAAAGUUACAUCGAAUCUCUUCCUAAGAACGGACGAGCAAGCCUUGGUGACAUAAUCUACAAGAGUAUUACAGAUGAAUUCUUUGAUCCACAUGAUUUACUUUCAUCAUUGGACAUGACAUCAGAACACAAAGUCCUAGACCUGAAGAACAGAAUUGAGGCUUCGAUCGUGAUUUGGAAGAGGAAGAUGAUCCAGAAAGAUGGCAAGUCGUCAUGGAGUUCAUCCGUAAGCAUGGAGAAAAGAGAGCUCUUUGAAGAACGGGCAGAAACCAUGCUGCUCAUACUUAAACAUCAUUUCCCAGGGCUUCCUCAAUCUUCACUUGACAUAACCAAAAUCCAGUACAAUAAGGACGUGGGACAUGCAGUGUUGGAGAGUUACUCUAGGGUACUCGAAAGUUUGGCUGCUUCCAUCUUGAAUCGGGUAGAUGACGUUAUGUAUGCUGAUUCUGUGGCUGUAAAAGCAGCAGCAGCAGCAGCAGAAGCAGGGAAUGAAAACAAAGACGAACUCUCUCCAGGCACACUAACAUCCAGCACAUUAUUAGAUUUAAUGAGUUGGAGUAUCGAGCAAGGAGGAGAAGCAAAGAACUUUAGUGAAUUUGAAGAGAAAUCGAAUGAGCAAGGAAAUAAAAAGAUCAUGACAAAGGCUUCGCCAGAAAACAAGAGGAUUUCCUAUCUUGAAAAGCUUGAGCAUUGGGGGGGCCUAAGAAGUCCAACAGCGCGGCAUUAACAGCAAGAUAAUUAGGGGCAUAGCAAAAUCUAGACAGAUAGAAAAAAAUCAUGCUGAGGGAAGCACACAGAGAGAAUAGAGCUAUAGCAAAAUACAUAGAGAUCUUACAAUUCUGUGAAAUGUGUUGUUAUUCAUAGAUGAU